ACCUUCUUUAAAUCACUUUUGUGGCCACGGACCAGCAAGACUUAAAUCAUAACAUUUCUUGAAGCCUUCACGGAUCUCCUGUGAUGAUAUUGCUGCCCCCCAGGUCCUUGAAAGCCCAUUCCAAGUGUCCAUGCACUCUGAAGUGUGGGGAGUGACUGAUGGGGUUGCUUAUUUCCAUAUGAAGGAUUUCUCAGAACUUGUUGUAUAUGAACAAGAAGGAGUUUUUGUUCAUUCUUCAAGUGAAAAUGAUGAAGAUCAUGAUGCUUUACAAUCUGGAUUAUUGCGAGUUAUUGAAAAGGGCACUGAGGUGAUAAUAGAUUGGAGACCUCUGGAUGAUUCAUUAGAUUCUUCUAACAUUCUAUAUGCUAAAAAGGAUUCCAGUUCAGUUGUAGAAUGGGUGCAGACUCCUAAGGAGAAGAUUUUCAGAGGGCCAGAACAUAUGAACAGUUAUGAAGCAGAAUGGGAUAUGGUCAACACUGUCUCUUUUAAAAAGAAGCCACAUUCAAAUGGAGAUGUUGCAGUUCGUACAACUGGCGAGAACAAGUGGUCCUUCUUUUUCAGUUUAACAGAUUUAAAAUCAGUUAAACAAAACAAAGAAGGAAUGGGAUGGUCCUAUUUGGUAUUCUGGUUAAAGGAUGAUGUUGUCCUUCCAGCUCUUCAUUUUCAUCAUGGUGAUAGCAAUUUAUUCAUCCAAACACUUAGAAAAUAUGUGGUGCUUUGUGAAUCUGAACAGGAUAAAAGGGUUCUUGUGAAUUAUCAGAGUAUUUCACAGUCCUUUGAAAAUCUCCUUGAUGAACCAACAUGUGGCCUAAUACAGAAAUUGAAAAAGGAUCCUUACACAACAACAAUGGGAAGAUUUUCCAAAGUGACAAACUAUAUUUUUGAUAGCUUACGAGGAAGUGAUUCAGUAAAUGAGCAGCGGCCUCCAUCAGAAAUGGCAGAUUUCAUUAGUGAUGCUAUUCCAGGACUGAAAAUAAAUCAACAAGAAGAACCAGGAUUUGAAGUCAUUACACGAAUUGAUUUAGGAAAACGACUUGAGGUUCACAGAAAGCAACCAGUAUCAAUUGAAGAAUGGACUAAGAAUAUGGAUUCUGAAGGAAGAAUAUUGAAUGUAAACGCUAUGAAACAAAUGAUAUUCAGAGGGGGACUUUGUCAUGCUUUGAGGAAGGAAGUGUGGAAAUUCCUGUUGGGUUACUAUUCAUGGAAUACUACCAGGGAUGAGAGGACAAGUAUGCAGAAAAGGAAAACAGAUGAGUAUUUCAGGAUGAAGCUUCAGUGGAAAUCUGUCAGUGAAGAACAAGAAAAAAGAAACACUAGACUGAGGGAUUACAGAAGUCUUAUUGAAAAGGAUGUAAACAGAACAGAUAGAACAAAUAAAUUUUAUGAGGGUCAAGAUAAUCCUGGAUUGAUACUACUUCAUGACAUUUUGAUGACCUAUUGUAUGUAUGACUUUGAUCUGGGAUAUGUUCAGGGAAUGAGUGACUUACUUUCACCUAUUUUAUAUGUGAUGGAGAAUGAAGUGGAUGCUUUCUGGUGCUUUGCAUUGUACAUGGAUCAAAUGCAUCAAAAUUUUGAAGAGCAAAUGCAAGGUAUGAAGACACAGUUAAUUCAACUGAGCACUUUACUUCGCCUAUUAGAUAGUGGAUUCUGCAACUAUUUAGAAUCUCAAGAUUCAGGCUAUCUUUAUUUUUGUUUCCGAUGGCUUCUAAUAAGAUUUAAAAGAGAAUUUAAUUUUCAAGAUAUUCUUCGCUUAUGGGAGGUGAUGUGGACAGAUUUGCCUUGUCAGAAUUUCCACCUUCUUAUAUGCUGUGCUAUUCUGGAAUCUGAAAAACAACAAAUAAUGGAGAAACAUUAUGGCUUUAAUGAAAUACUCAAGCAUAUCAAUGAAUUGUCUAUGAAAAUGGAUGUGGAUGAUGUACUUUGCAAAGCAGAAGCUGUUUCUAUGCAGAUGAUGAAUUGCAAGGAAUUACCUCAAGCAAUUUGUGAAAUUUUGGGAUUAGAAAAUAGUGCUAUGACAACACCAGAUUCAGAUGCUGGGGAAGAUAAGGCUGUUGAUGGGAUGAGUUGCCUUGCAUCAGCAUCUCCAAAUGUUUCUUUGCUUGCUGCUGCCGACAAAAGGAAUGAAAGAAUUCAACAAGUGAUACACACAGACUCCACAAACUAAUGCUUGUGUAAUUGAUUUUAUUGUUCAAUAAGCAGUUUAUUACAACUGUUUUGUUUCAGGCACUUGGGUUGAUAUUUUGAGUUUGUGUUAAUUAAGCUUUAAUGAAUUGGGAAAGAAAUCAUGUACUGUAAUACUUCUACAUCAAAGCUUUACAUGACAUUUUUAUAGUUUCUUCUACCAAAAUAGCCUUCCGUUUUUUCAGUAACAUUCCUUAAUACAUUUGUAUAAAAGUGCAUUUUUUGUCUUCAGUGAAAAGAAUCAGGCAGUGUAAAUGACAUGAAAUAAAGGGAUCUAUUCCUUGUACUUUGAAAACACCUGGGCAUGGUUAGUUUUUGGAUAUCAUUGAAGUGUUAUAACUCUUCUAUACUAUUUCCUAAGUUAAAGAUGGCAACUUCCACAACACACUUUGUAAAUGAAAGGAUUGUGUUCUUUUUCUAAUGUUUACAAAAACGCUAAGUAUUUGUGUGGACUGAAUGUAGAUUUGGAAUGAAAAUUUCCAUUUGUGAAGUCCCUGAUCCUUAAUUUUUGCAUAACCCAGGAUGGCAUUUUUACACCUUUCUUAUACAUACAUACUUAUACAUUCAGAUGUAUGAAUAUUAAAGGAUAACUCUAUUUUUGACUAAAACAACCUUUUGGUAAUUUAGGCAAUUUUGUCCAAAUUUUAAUAUACAGUUCAAGCCUAACUAUUUUUGAAAAUCAUUUUUUAAAAUAAGGAUAAAUGUCUGAAUAUAUUCAGGUUCUCAAUAUUCUUAGCAAGGUUUUCUUGCUCAUUUAAUUAAUAAUGUUUAUCUUUGUUUAAUAGUAGUAUUACUGUUUAAUAAUAAUCAAUCUAAAUUGCCUUUAUAUUAGACUAAAUAUUUUGAAAACAGAUAAAAAUAAAUAUGACAUUUUAAUUUCCUUCCUUUGCUUUUGCCUAAGCUCCCUUUGGUAACACAACAAAAACUGGAGUUUCCUAGGGUGGACUGUUGAUGUUUUACAGUAAUGUGAAAUACAGUUUCAUGUAUUUGUUUCUAUUUGAAGAGUAUUGUACAUAUUAUGAAAUAAAAUUCAAAGUUUACUUAAA